GACGACGUCGACAAUACACACACACACACACACACAUAGCAAAAAGUCAACGAUCGAUUGCGCGUAUAUGUGCAUGUGUGCAUGCGUGUGUUUGCUUGUGUGUGUGUGAGCAGCGGACCAGGUGAAAAACAGAAAGCGAAGAAGAGAAAGAAGCAGAACAGCAACAAACCAAACGAAUAUAUAAAAAUAAAUAGUGAAGCACGUGUGUCCUGCUCCAAUAACAGUUACAUUCGCAACGCGCGACAACAAACAACAGCAACAAACACACAGACAUCAAAUAAAAAAUGUCUUCGGUACCGCUGGCCAUUAAAACGGAGGAAGUCAUUUUGGAAAACGCCGAAUACAAUAGCGCUGAGGAAUUGGAUGAAGAGUUACAAUUACAACUGGAAGAUUCAGGCGGCGAGAAUACCUAUCACAUUGAGUACACCACCGAGCCGGCGCAUCAGGUUACAACCAGCUCGCAGCGUCGCCAAUCGAAUAUGAGCGCAUCGAAUACAACAAAAGAUGGCGGGGGAGGCGGCGGCGGCGGCGAUGGGGGUAGCUCGCCAAGCGGCAAGCCCAUAUUGGAUACCGAGAAGCGUAUGAGACGGGAAAUAGCCAACAGCAACGAGCGACGACGCAUGCAGAGCAUCAAUGCCGGUUUUCAGAAUUUACGUUCGCUCUUGCCACGACACGAGGGCGAAAAGUUGAGCAAGGCUGCCAUAUUGCAACAGACCUUCCAAUAUAUUGUGGAGCUGGAGAACCAGAAGACACAGCUGCUGACGCAGAACAGCGAACUGAAGCGACAGGUGGGCGAGCACGAGGCCAACGGAGGAGGCGCCUCUGGAGGCGCCUCUGGAGACAAUUACAGCAACAGCAAUGCGAACGAGACGAGCGGAGGAGGAGGAGGCGGGGCGAGUGCGGUGGCCAUCAAGAAGCGCAAACUGACGGACAACGUGAUCAACAUGCAGACGAUCAGCGACAGCUCCGACGAGGGACUCGGCUCCAUGUCCCCGGAGCCCAUGACGCUGCUCUCCGCGGGCGCCGGAGGCGGCGCAGCAGCGGCGGCAGCAGCAGCAGCAGCCGGAGCAAAGCUGAACAAUGCGAGCAUAAUUGCGGCCAAGGAGCUGCUCGAGAUGAAGAAGCAGCUGGAGAAGGAGCGCAGCCUGCGGCGCCUGCUCGAGGACGAGCUGCAGAUGAUCAAGCGGCAGCUGUACAGCGUGGCGACGGCGCCGCCGGGCACCGCGGUCGCCGCGGCGGCGGCCAACAGCAGCGGCAGCGGAAGCGGUAGCAGCAGCGCCUACAUUCCACGCGAGGUGAUCGAGCACACGGACAACUUUGUGCGCGCCGAGGAGCUGGAGGAGCUCGGCGGCACCGUCUCCUAUGUGGAAAUCGAUGAGAUGACCGGCCAGCAGCAGGUCGUGGUCUGCUCCAGCAUCGAGGAGCUGGAGUCGGAUGCGGCAGCGGAAAUAAUUAGCGAGGAUCAGGUGCACGAGGAGGUGAUACUCUCGUCGAACAGCUCGACGGAGUCCGAGAACGAGGUGAACGUGAAUGCCAUUGCCAAAGCCUAUGCCGAGGGCAUGAGCACGCCCAUACUCCAGGCGGCGAUCAAGGCCACGCCCAAGGUCGAGGUGGAGCGCAUCAACGAGAAGAUUGUCAAGGUCAAGACCGAGAAACUGGACCAGCCGACGACAACAACAACGGUAAUGGGCGCCACGGCCGUCUUUACACGCUCCCGCCAGAAUCUGGAGACCAUUGUCGAGGCCAUCCGGCAUCUGGAGGGCGAUCAUCUGUUCGCCGACGGCGAUCAGCAGCACAAGCUGCAGCAGCAUUAUCAACAGCAGCCGGCGCAGUCGCAGCAUCAUCCGCAGUCGCAGCAUCAUCGUCUGGCGCAGGAUGCGCCGCUGGCGUUGACCACGGGCAAACAGCAUGCGGCGCUGGCCGAGCUGCGUCCGUUCCUGCAGUUGAAGGGCAACAAGCAGGUGAUCAUUACGGCCAAGUCGGCCAAGGAUGUGGGCGGCACUGUUAGCAGCGUCACGCCUACAGCGAUAUUCAAGGUGCAGACCAGCAGCAGCGCGACGGCGGCGGGCGUGGGCGGUGCCGGCGGCGCGAGUCAUCAUCAGCCGGUGACCAUCACAACAUCGCUCAAGCAGUGUCGUCCCGGGGUCAUUGUGGCCAAGCAGCUGCCGUCGUCCUGAUUGCCCAACAACAGCAGCAGCAGCAGCAGCAGCAGGAGUAACAGCAACAUUAACAGCAGCAGGAAUAACAGCAACAUUAACAGCAGCAGCAGCAGCAGCAGCGCCCCACGAGCUAGUAUUAAAGGCGCGCGCAAUAACAUAACUGUAACAGCAGCAGCAGCAGCAGCAUUAACAGCAGCAGCAACUCCUAAGCGGCGCAGCUAUGUUAAGCAACAGCAGCAGCUGCGCUUUAACAGCGCUGUUAGGCCUCACUAGAGCAAAGCUUGCGCGCUGCUCUGUUAAGCUGCUGCUAAAAACAAACAAAACAAAACAAAACAAAAAAAAAACAAACACAAAUUAACGGCA